CCAUUUGUCAAGACAUCUCACUUACACGCAUUGCAACACUGAUGCGGAAUUGCCCAUGUAGCGCCAUAAGUAAGAACGAGACAGCCGUAUGAUCAGCAUGCGUACUUUGGUCUGGCAGCACAGAAACGAGUACAGCUCCGAAUACACGUCGUUUUGCCAAAAGCGUAGCAGGGAGCAAAUGAAAAAAAUAUAUAAAUGAGGAAAAAAUUUAGUGAAAUAUUAACGACAAAUAAACCAAGCGCGAGCAACGCCGCUUUAGUAAAAAUCGACAGAUUUAAUAAUUGCGUGCGUUGUGCAAGUGUCUAAAAUUCGACCAACAGGAAUCCCUUCCCUACAGAGCAAUAAAGUGCAUACAGUAAUUAAGUGAUAAAAACCGAAUAGCGUGGUAAAGUGUCGAAUAGCGUAACUCUGUAAUGCAGCUGGCCUGGCAGUGACGCCGCAUAAGUAUGGCACCAGCGCUCACGGCCGAGCCACUGAGUCCCAAGGAGAAGCUAACAAACAACGCAUCCCCUGCCACCGGCACGCGGCAGUCUGUACGAAAAUUGGACUCGCCCAGUGAAACGGCCAAGAAGCCAAUCUCUUUGACGGCCACGACACGUGUGACACGCUCCAAGGACGCGGCACAGCGUAUGGGCUCGCCGAUUGUGCAGGUCAAUAACAACAAGCGCAAAUCCAAUAAUCAUACCAACAACAAUAACAACAGCGAAGCCAAAACCGUGGAGCAUCAAAUGGGCCUGAGCGCUGCAACCACACAUACAAGCAGCGACGGCAGUGCAGGCGUCUCCUCGAGCUCCAGCUCCAGCAACAGCGGUAGCAUUAACAUCAACGACGUAGGUGUAGCAGCAGCAGUAACAGUGACACCAGCAGCGACAGCCGAUAACGCGUCCACCGAGCACAAUAAUAACUGCAAGGACAACUCAACGGCAGAGCUGCUGGCAAAUUUAACAAGCGAAUUUGAGGAGGCCAUCACAGCUGAGAUUUGCCUGCGGAAAACACUGCCCGAGGUGAGCCACAGCAAGGAGCAGUCAGCCGAAACUGAAGCAGCUGCCGCAGCAGCUGUGGCUGCAGCCGCUGCUAUAGCACAUUCCGUGCAGUUGCUGGAGCCCGCGUUAAUGGCAGAAACCGAAGCCCAGUCCCAGUCCACAAGUGCGGCGGCAGCAGCAGCAGCGGUGGCGGCAACACUAACAACAACAACGACAGCUACAGCAACACUCACAGACGCUCUGCAGCGGUUGGCGUGGCCGGAAAUACCGCUGCCACCCAAUGCGGAGAAUGCGGCGGAUUUAACUGUUGCUGCUGCGAAAAUUUCAGAUUCUAUUGAAGAAUGUCUUAGUCAACUCGAUGGCAGCCCCAGCGUUGUAUUGCCGCCCAACGUGGCUAAAGGCGAACCGGCGAUGGAAGCCAGCGUUGUGGCGCCGACGAUGUCGACAAGGCAACAACAGCAACCACAACAACAGCAACCACAAGAACAGCAGCAACAAGAACAGCAGCAACAGUUGCUGACGCAGUUGCAACAGCAGCAACAGCAGCAACAGUUGCAAUUACAACAGCAACAACAAUUGCAACAGCAACAACAACCGGAGAUACUCGCCUCACCUCAGCAUUCAACAACUGCGCGUCAGUCCGGCGCAGUGCUGACGCCGCAGAGCACGACGAGCUCGAUAAACUUUCUUAAGGAUGGCGGUGCUGGCGCCGUGCUCGAGGAUCAGGAUAUUGAGGAGGUUUUAAAGGCGCUCAAAACAUUUGACAGUGCGCACGUCAAUCCGGAUACAAUCUAUAAUUUCCUUGACGAAAUGUAUUUCCCAUGCAACGAGGACGAAGCAGCGGCCGGCGCCGGAACAGUUACAACAACAACAGCGUCAGCUGGCCCAAUUGCAUCAACAGCAGCAGCAGCAGGAACGCCAGCAUCGACUAUUGCCGGCAUCCAAGAUAUGCUGGAGUCAAAGCCCAGUUGUAGUACAGGAAUCGUGGCGCGUCCCUUGCAGGAAUGCCAUGCAGAGCUCGAACAGCAACAGUAUUUGCUGAUGCGCAAGAUUGACUUCCUGCUGCGGCGCAUGCGCAAGUUCCAAUCGCGUCAUAUGUGCCGUCAUGCCAGCGACGAAGUGAGCGGCAUUCUUGAAUGGGCGGCGCGCACCUCGCAUAAAGCAGCAUCCGGCGCGCCGGUACGCAGCGCCAAGCUGAGCGAACGAGAGGAGACCGUCUUGUCGAUUGUAUCUGGGCGACCGAAUAGCAGCUUCUGGGAGGAACAGACCAAACACCCACUGCCUGCCAGUCAGAUGUGCAAUGUGCUGCGGCACAUUGAGACGGCGGCGCGUAAACAACAAAUUUGCCAUACAACUGGCGGUGGCUCUGCAUCGCUGGCGUCCUCCUCAACGUGGUAUAGCGGGGCAGCACAGCCGGGCAAACGGGCGCGCAAAACACAACAAGUGGACACUGCCAAUGUGAACAGCAGUACUAUACCAGCUGGAGUCGAUGGCGUCUUGGCUCCACGCCCCGACGAGAUUGUGCCGAACUUUGAUAGCUAUGUGACCAGCGAAUUGACCCAUGUGGCGGGCUUGUUGCACACUGAAAUGCGUGAGGUGCAGAAUGCCAUCGACUCGGACGCCACUGAAUCGAGUUCUGGCGGCGACUCUGCCGACGAGAUGGUCACCUACAAUAAUUCCCAGCAGUUGUCAUUGCCAAUCGCGCGACGUGCCGUAUGGCGCUAUUCGCGAGAGCGUGCUAUCAUAGCCCUGCGCUGGUCCUGGCUGAGCGCUCAGAUUGCCGAUCUGGAGAUAAAAAUCCGGCAGCACAACGACGUCUACAACGAUCUGUGUCGCACCAAGGGCGAUGUACUCUUGGAACCGACAAAGACGCCAAAGAACGGGUACACGGAGCAACCGGCGCAGCCUGCGUUACACCUAGAUCCCGAACAGGCAUCCGAUGAUUGGCUAUGCAGUCGGGCGCGUCCUUUGGUACUGUCAGAGUUUCGCAAACGUAAACUCUUCCAGACCACAAAUAUGCACACAAUAUCUAAGAAGGCAGCACGUCCCAGCAACAUCAAAUGCGGCUGCCAAUGGCCGCAGGUGCCGUGCACUUUGUGCACCGGCCGACCGGAUCCGACGGCGCCAAGAGAUCUACCCGAAACAUUGAUGCCCCAAAACCGUGUAGCGCUGCUCGACCCCGGCUAUCAUCCGGUGCUGAGCUUCUCCAAUGAUGUUUGCCAGUCGGUGCAUUUGGAAGCGAUUAGCCGUCAGCCUGAUUGGCAAUAUCGUGUAAUGCGUAGCCAGGCCAAGGCGAUUGUCAAGAGCGUCUGGAAGGCUGAGCGCGAGGCGAUUGCCUCUGCUGGCGGUGGCACUGGCGGAAGUGCCGGACGGAGACCCGGGGAGACGACCAAGCGCCGCUAUGUGCGCCGUAAGGAGCGCAACAAUAAUAGUCAAAACAAAGUAAACAACGGCAGCAACAACAACAAUAACAAUAACAACAAUAAAGAAUCAACUACCCAAAAUAAUAAUAUCAACAAAAACAACGGCGUGAGCAGUGGACCUGGGCACGUAGGAUUGGAUAGUGGAAACGGUACUGGUACUGCUACUACUUCUUCUUCUUCUACGCCUACCACAACGCCGCUUGUGGUCAACAUGGGCAAAAAGGAGCGUCAAUCAGCCACGAAUCAAGUCGGAGCGCUGCCCGACUCCCAACAACAACAACAACUAAAUAGCUUCGCACUGAUCUCCGGCAACAGCGGUAAAAAGCCACGCAAAUCAGGCUCUAAAUCUCAUCAAACGCAUUCAACACACAUUAACAACAACAGCAGAAGCAGAUGCAGCAGCAGCAGUCAACAGGCCAGCGUUGGGGAUAACAGCAACAGUCGCCUUACCGGAGAUUCGCAGUGGGAGCAACACAGUCGCCGCAAUUCUUCCGAAACACACGGGCACCGUAGUGAACGCACUGCAGAGAGACGUAAUCGUCUUAUCUACGACAUUGACAACAUCGUUAUACCCUACAGCAUGGCCGCACAGACGCGUGUCGAAAUACUGCCCUACAAGGAGAUACCAACACCAAAGUGGCGUAUUGUGGAUAGCGAUACUGAGCAACAAUCUCCGAAUAAAUCUGGUAAUGCCGAAAAGUUGACCAAUGGCUGUGUGAAUGCAAAGGAGGAGAAAGAACUGGUGACUGACGAAAAGAAAGCACCAAUAGCAGUAGCAACAACAACAACGGAAACAGCAACAAUAGAAACUGCAACAACAAUAGCAACAGCAACAGCAGCAUCAGCACCAACAACACCCGCACAAACAACAGCAACAGCAAGUGAAACAACAGCAACAACAUCGCCCGCUGCAACAGUAACAACAAUGCCCAAGUUAAGCAACAACACUGAAAAGAAAACAUCAAGCAAAUCCCCAACUAAACUAAAUGGCGUGAAGCAAUCGAUCAAGAAGAAGAAACGACUGGCAGAGACUGGGAAGUUGUCAAAGGAGCAGACAAAGCAGGCACUAAGUAAUGGACUGUUAAAUGGAAAACCAGAAGAGUCGGCAAUUGAAACCAAGGAGCAGCCGCUGAAGGAGAAAUCCGAGCUGUUGAAAAUUGAGAGCAAGGAACUAAAAAGGAAGCAAGCACCUCUCAAUGGUAAAACCAAAAAGCACAAUAAUAAAAUCCCUGUAAAUAAUAAUGUAAAUAAAGCAAGCUCAGCUGCUGCCACGCCUACGCCUGCUGCUCCUGCUACUGCUGCUGCCGCUGUUACUAGCAAGGACGCUACGGCGCCAAAUGUAGCAGAUAAACCCACUGCUAAAUCUGUUGAACCACCUAAUAAGCGACCCAAACUGCAGACGGCGCACAUCUCAGAAGACAAGACCGAAAAGAAAACGGAAGAGCCAAUAGCAGAAGCAAAGGACGCAGCUGCUCCCGCUGCUGAUGUUGUGGAGAAUGAUGAUGAUGAGGUGGAAGACCUCUCGGAUGAGGCGUACAUAGCACGGCAUCAGAUUGCUCUCAUCGAGGAACGUCGACGUUUCGAGACAUUCUUAAAGUUCCCCUGGAGCACUCGGUCGCGUGCUAAUCGACGUGUGGACAGUCGGGCUGAAUCGAGCGGCGCGAAUACACCGGAUCCAGCGUCGCCGGCUGCUUCACAGCUGACCGGACCUACCGCUGACAAUGAGAGCAUACCCUCGCCGCUGGCACAGAACAUGAUGCAGAAUCCGCUCGAUGGCAUCGCACCUGAGGGCGAGACCACAAAGCGACGUCGCACCACAUCCAGCAAGCUAAAGGAUCACGAGCGUCGUAGUGCCACGCCAGAUACCCGAGACGAUCCGCCUCCAUUUGAGCCGUUAAAUUUUCCUCUCUCCGAGGAGGCCUAUCAACGACUGCUCGCCGACACAAGCCCCGAGCCCAAAGAGCCAGCGACACCGGCAACCACCAGCGUCGCAGCCACCGCUUCGGGCAAGCGAAUCAAAAGCAAAUCGGUCUCUUCUAAUGGAGAUGGCACUACGACCAGCUCCAGCAGUCGACGCAGCAGCAAAGCAAAGGCCACCAAUUCCGGCAAAUUGACGCGGCUUAAUGGUGGCAAAAAUGCUGCAAAACAAGCUGCGACAAAAUCAGUUCACAGCAAUGGCGGCCAGGAGGAUGGCUAUGACGAUGGCAUUGACUAUCUGCCAGAAGCGGAUGAGGAUGAGGAGGAGGAGAUGCUGCUGCUAGAGGAGGAUGAUGAUUAUCAUCAUUAUCUGGCGCCACCAGAGGAUGAUCAAGUGCCAGGCACAAGCACGAACGAUGCAAAUGCCUAUAACUCGAGCAUCGAUGCUUAUUUAGGCGAGGGUGAGGGACUCGACGAUGAGGAUCUGGUCGAUGAUCCAUUCAUGGACGAUGAUCCCAAUGAUCCCGAAUGGAAGCGCAACAUCGGUGUUCGCCAUGAGCGCAUGCGCAAGCGUGUGUAAGCAACGUGAAGUGAGUAAUGAGUAGCAUGCAAUGUGUGGAGAGUGGAGAGAUGCCGGCAGCAGGUGCUUGCACACCUGGAGAGAAGAGUAGCUAGCAGCGGUUGGUGAUGAAGCAACUGUGAGAGAGCGAAAAGCGAGCAGCUGCAGCCGGCAAUGAAUAGCGACUGAAAACUGGCGAAGUAGAAUCCAAAGCUAUUUAAAUCGUGUGAAAUGUGAACUUGAACUUUUAAAUGAAUUCGUCAAAAUUUUAAAUGGAAUCGCCUCACAGCUUCAGGGCGAGAUAUAUUUUAACAUGUUUUCCAAUUACUUUUCUAUUUAAAGAAAACAAAAAAAUAGCGAGAGUUUAACUUGAAAAUUAACAACAAAAACUCAUUGCAAAAUAUUUGUAAGCAAUUUUUAAGUUAUUUAGUUUUAAACAGCAUAUAUGAUAUAAAAACCGAAAACAGAAACACGCCACACAAACGAAAACAUGAAAAAACAAAAUCAAAUGUAAAUAGAGAGAAAAAUAAACGAGCUAAACAGUAAGAGAUAUGUAUGUAUGAAACUAAUGGAUAAAGCUAAUGAUAGACAUAAUAAUACAAUAUUAGGUUAACACACACACACACACGCUUGUUUGAAAGUUAAAGUUAAAGAGAAGAAAACCUCACUUGGGGCUACAAGCCAAAAGUGUGCUACCUUUAAAAUAUAAAGAUAUAUAUAUUAUAUAUUUAACUAGUUAUAUGUAGAUCGCAUGAUCGUAAAAAAGAAUAGGAAGAAGAAACCCUAUAAUUAUUCAUUUUUGAUUUUUAACUUGUAAUCGCGCACCUCAACAACAACAACAAUAACAACAAAUGUAAAGUUUUUGCCGUUUUAAAUAAUAAUUCAGCCUGAUCCCUUUUACCCCUAUAAAUUAAUCGAUCUAUUAAUUAUUAACCAGUUAAAACAGACAUGCUUAUAAAUAUCUUUACACAAAAAAAAAAAAAAAAAAAAAAAAAAUAUCAUUUAUAUAUGUAUAUAUAUAUAUAUAUAUGUAUAUAUAUAUAAUAGAUUUACAUAGUUGCGCCUCCAAAAUGAAUUCAUGUAUUUAGUUAUAUAGGCGCUUUAAUUUCUAUUUCUACUUUUUAAACAAACAAAAUAGUUGUUAACUGUAAACACUUAAACUUAAAGAAAAAAUUUAACUUUAAAGAAAAUUCAACACAAAAACACAUAUAUAUAAGAAAUAGAUGGGAUAAUUUGUGUAAUCCUCUUGAAAUGUUAAAUUUAUAUUUUUUCCAUUUUCUAUAUAAAUAUGUAUUUUGCUUUUUUCGUUUUAAA